ACAGGCAGCAUAUAUACAUCGACCUCAUCCAUGCAGAUUAUCUCGUAAGACUGAAGUUUGAGCUACACUGCUGCUUUCCAGAAAGAGACGGGCCUAUAGGAUAACUGAUUCGAUAAAUUAAUUAGGAUUCUUAUCCGACAGGAGCAACCAUGGGUCGACAUCAAGCACUGAAACGCAAUCAGGCAGACGAACAAGCCGCUUUGCAAUGGGUAUUCGCUAUUUUGGGCGAACCCGCACCACAGGGAGAUUUCGAAGCAAUAUUGAAGGACGGUAAUGUUCUUUGCAGAUUUAUGCAAAAAAUUCGACCCGAGCUGAUUACCAAGUACAAACCAUCUGAACAAGGCGCGAAGCAACGCGAAAACAUUAGCCUAUUCAACAAAGCUUGCGAGCAGAUGGGAGUGCCGGAAACCGACCUUUUCCAGACGAUUGACCUUUUCGAAGGUAAAGACCCGGCUGCCGUGGCUAAUACUUUAUCUCGGCUUGGAGGAAUAUUGCAAAAGACCAGACCAGAUUUGCCACCUCAUGGACCCAAGCUCAGUGAACAGCAAGAAAGGCAGUUUACGACGGAACAGUUAGCGCCUGGCAAAAUGUUCUAUUGACAUUGCGAUGCCUUUAGCUUUGUGUUUUGCUAGUCUAAACCAGACUUACUUACACACGCUUGAUCUAUUUUUGAUCAUCCCAGCCAUUUUUGGACAGUUGCUUUUAGUUGGUAAACAGAUGCGCUUCCGCUGCUGUCAGAAGGCGUAUGUGACGUGUUUUUUGACAUGCAUCCUUCGUGACACACUACCGUAGGCAUAUGGCAAAAAUAAAUAAAAACCAUUUAUAU